UGUAACUUGGGGCUAAUGCGCUGUGGCGGAUUACCUUCAUGUGUGUGGUAUCUUAACAGCCUGUUCACACGGCAUUUUCUAUCGCAGUGCUCGAUAUUGCAGAGGUAUUGUGCACCGUAAACAAGCAUUCUGGCACUGAGACGACGAGGAGAGCUUUGGAUGUACCACCGUUGAUUUGUACAGGGUGGCCAGACUACCCGAUUCGGCGAUGUGUAUAAGCAGCUGAGAGUGACCGAUAAUGUUGCAAUGCGGGUGAUGAUAUCAUGACCUUUGGCCUGGUUUUGCUCGCUGUUUACGCAAGUGGAAUAUAGCUUGUCGUCUCGAGAGAGGUCUGAAAAACGCCACUUGGCGGUUCAAGCAAGGCAGACUUGGAUAGUGGCUUUUUGAUACGGAAAUUACCCGGUCCAGAUCGAGGGAUAUUCACAGCGGUCAGGCGCCCUCUCAUCGCGGGCAGGAUUUACCUCCAAGAUGUACCCAAAUAGGCACCCAGGUCCCCCUCAGCCAGGGCAACCUUUCAAGUUCACGGUGUCGGAGUCAUGUGAUCGGGUGAAGGAGGAAUUCAGCUUUUUGCAAGCCCAGUAUCACAGCCUGAAGUUGGAGUGUGAGAAGCUGGCCCAGGAGAAGACAGAGAUGCAGAGACAUUAUGUGAUGUACUAUGAGAUGUCCUACGGACUCAAUGUGGAAAUGCACAAACAGACUGAAAUAGCGAAAAGACUAAAUGCAAUUUGUGCCCAAGUCAUCCCGUUUUUAUCACAAGAGCAUCAGCAGCAGGUGGCAGCAGCAGUUGAGAGAGCCAAACAGGUGACAAUGCAGGAACUUAACGCAAUUAUUGGGCAACAGAUGCAGGCCCAGCACCUCCCCCACGCCCAUGCCCCCCCCAUCCCGAUGCCGCCCCACCCCACUGGGCUGCAGCCCCCCAUCCCCACAGUGUCAGGGUCGGGUCUGCUGGCACUGUCACAGAGCUCCAGCUUCGCUGCUCAUGCCCACAGUGUUCUCAACGCUCACAAGGAAGAGAAACGCAGUGAAGAAGAAGAGAAACAUCGUUCAUCCUCGUCUCCACAUGAUCGCAACCGGUUCCACAACCGUAGUCGUUCGCCUGAAGUUAACAAUCGGGCAGCAAAAAGGAAAAGAUCAGAUAACAAAAAUGGGGAAAACGAUGGAGAGGGUAGUGAUGCAGAAUUAGUCGUGGAUGUCGGUGAUGAUAACACGUCUCCCAUGAAUGGCGACUUGUCUCCAGGGGAGAAGGCUAGCAAAGACCUACUCAACAACAACAACAACAACAAUAAGAAAGUUGAUGACAGAAGCAGUCCUCGUAGCGACACGUCUUCUCACGGAAGUGGAACAUCUACCAAACAAAAAGAGAAUGACAAGGCUGCUACACCCGUCUCAAAAUCUGCCACCCCCACAAGUUCAGGAAGUGCUACCCCCGGACCAUCAGGCCCUUCUGUUGCCGGGAAACCAGGUGCCAAAGUCCAUCCUCUUGAGAGGUACCCAUUCCUGCCUCAUGGAGAGCUGAGCCCAAACAAUUUCAACGGUGUGCUCCAUAACAGUAUGUCUCCUGGACCCUUCUCCAGGCCAUUGGUAGGACUUGAAAGCUCUCCGGCACACAUGCGGGGAGCACUCGGCAGCAUUCCAGGGGGAAAACCAGCAUAUUCCUUUCAUGUAAGUGGAGACGGUCAGAUGCAGCCGGUGCCCUUUCCUCCAGACGCUCUGAUUGGUCCAGGCAUUCCGCGUCAUGCUCGGCAGAUCAACACAUUGAAUCAUGGGGAGGUUGUGUGUGCAGUUACCGUUAGCAACCCGACCAGACACGUGUAUACAGGGGGCAAGGGCUGUGUGAAGGUCUGGGAUAUCAGUCAACCAGGGAACAAGUCUCCUGUCUCCCAGCUCGACUGUUUGCAAAGAGAUAACUACAUUAGAUCUAUCAAGUUAUUGCAAGAUGGCCGCACACUGAUAGUGGGAGGCGAGGCCAGCACGUUAUCAAUAUGGGAUCUGGCAGCAUCGACUCCGAGAAUCAAGGCAGAAUUGACAUCAAGUGCCCCCGCAUGUUAUGCCCUUGCCAUCAGUCCCGACAGCAAGGUCUGCUUCAGCUGUUGUAGUGAUGGCAACAUCGCGGUCUGGGAUCUCCAUAACCAGACACUGGUUAGGCAAUUCCAAGGACACACAGAUGGCGCUAGUUGUAUCGACAUAUCCACGGAUGGAACGAAACUCUGGACAGGUGGUCUGGACAACACGGUCCGAUCCUGGGACUUGAGGGAGGGCCGGCAGUUACAGCAGCAUGACUUCACGUCGCAGAUCUUCUCCCUGGGGUACUGCCCUACAGGGGAGUGGCUUGCUGUUGGCAUGGAGAGCAGCAACGUGGAGGUGCUCCAUCAGUCCAAGCCAGACAAGUACCAGCUUCAUCUCCACGAGAGCUGUGUCCUCUCUCUCAAGUUUGCUUACUGUGGCAAGUGGUUCGUUAGCACGGGUAAAGACAAUCUCCUCAACGCAUGGAGAACGCCAUAUGGAGCAAGUAUUUUCCAGUCCAAGGAGUCUUCCUCUGUGUUGAGUUGUGACAUAUCAGCUGAUGACAAGUACAUCGUUACUGGCUCCGGUGACAAGAAAGCCACGCUAUAUGAAGUCAUAUUCUGAUUGGAUGAAGUUAAACCAACAUGUGUGGACUCCAUGGCAGUUUCCUACCUGGCUAAAACACCUACUUGUUGCAGCAACUGGCACAGCGUCAAGAAGCAUCAGGACGAGGAGGAGGAGCAGCUUGUACGAUGUUGUGAUUGUGGAUACAAGUGUUUUAAGUGCUACGUAUACAGUGAACUGAAGAACAUGCUGAUGAGGUCUGGAACACGAAGACUUGAUCAGAUAUUGACAUGCUCCAAGACCGCAUGUUUCAAACAGUGUUACGUGUGUGUGAGUUGUAUAUGUAUAUAAAUGAUUUAUUUUGCACUGUCAUCAAAUAUUUCUAUUGGCGGCUUGAUACAGAUUCUUCGAAACAUCCUUGCCAUUCCAUGGAAACCUACAAGACAUGUACAAGCCAAACCAUGGAAAUAUACAUGGUGUGUACAAGAAAAGCAAUGGAAACAUAUAAGGCAUGUAUAAGCCAAAACAUGGGAAUAUACAACAUAUGUUCAAGGCAUGGCCAAGCCAUGGAAAUAUUCAAGGCAUGUAGAAGCCAAGCCAUGGAAAUAUUCAAGGCAUGUACAAGCCAAACCAUGGAAAUAUACAAGGCAUGUAUGAGUCUCUCAUGAAAUACAAGGCUAGUCAUGAAAUGAUACAAGGCACGUACAAGGAAAUAUACAAGGGUACAAACAAGCUUUGACAUUGAAAUAUUCAAGAGCAUGUACUUGAUAUGCUGUCAAAAGGUACACGAGCAUGCAUGAGCCAUGCACAAGGGAUAGUCUAUGUGGAAUCCAACAUUAUGCCGAGUAGGCAGACAAUGCUGCAUGUCAAAAUACAAGGACAUGUUCACGUGUCAUUUUAGUAGACUUCUGUGUGUCUCACUUACAUAAAUAUUGUCAUCUAUUUCAGUCUAUUGACAUUGUGAAAUGUACAUCUCUGUAUAUAGUGACAAGUGAUUGAUUCAGCCUCACAGCAUUUCAGUGUUUCAUCAUAGUAUAUAAAUAUAUAUAUAUAUAUGUGUGUGUGUGUGACUGUGUUUAACACAGGAAUCUACAGUCAUCCUGUUUUAAAAAAAAUGUGUCAUGUGUUCAAUGGACGAAGUUUGUUUAUUUUGAUGUUCAUGUUGGACAUGUGAUGACAUUGACAUGUUGUCUUGUGCUUAGUGGACUUUUCUCUACUGUACAUGAUUGUCUGUAAUCAGCCUCUGUGGAGCCUCUUCAGUGUGGAAGGUGUCAGUAAUCUACUGGGCAUGACUUAGGAAAUGGAGAUUCUGGAGAACACCUCCUUCACUUGGAACAAAGGAUAUCGACAUUAUAUAUUUUUCAACAGUGUGAACCAGAAAACCAUGUUCCCUUCAAAUCUUUGAAGAAUAUACCAACAUUCUCGCACCUCAAAGCUUUGGCUUUACCAUGAAGGUUAGCACAAAUGGACUUCUCAAAUGGACCUGUAGAUUGACAUGUUUCAACCAUAUGGACUUAAAGAUUGACAUGUUUCAACCAUAUGGACUUCUCCAUGGACGUAAAGAUUGACAUGUUUCAACCAUAUGGACUUCUCCAUGGACGUAAAGAUUGACAUGUUUCAACCAUAUGGACUUCUCCAUGGACUUAAAGAUUGACAUGUUUCAACCAAAUGGACUUCUCAAAUGGACCUAUAGAUUGACAUGUUUCAACCAUAUGGACUUCUCCAUGGAUGUAAAGAUUGACAUGUUUCAACCAUAUGGACUUCUCCAUGGACGUAAAGAUUGACAUGUUUCAACCAUAUGGACGUCUCCAUGGACGUAAAGAUUGACAUGUUUCAACCAUAUGGACGUAAAGAUUGACAUGUUUCAACCAUAUGGACUUCUCCAUGGACGUAAAGAUUGACAUGUUUCAACCAUAUGGACUUCUCAAAUGGACCUGUAGAUUGACAUGUUUCAACCAUAUGGACUUCUCAAAUGGACUUGUAGAUUGACAUGUUUCAACCAUAUGGACUUCUCCAUGGACGUAAAGAUUGACAUGUUUCAACCAUAUGGACUUCUCCAUGGACGUAAAGAUUGACAUGUUUAAAAAAUGUUAGACCCUGCCAUCCUCAGUUUCAGAUGUAGAUGUUGCCAUGUUUCUUUGAAACAUUCAUGGUCUAAAUGAAGAAGAAGCACCAGUUAAAUAUGGACAUAGUCAUGAAGCAUGUAGACCCUCUUGACAAACCUGGGUCAUUGAGAAGUGAACAUUGCCCGAAUAUGGACAAAUGGGAAGUGCUGAAUUUGGAUGAACAGGAAGUGCCACGGUUGGACUGGUACAUAUUGCCAUUCUUCAAGAGUUUCAUGGAACUUACCAUUAUGUAUAUAGUCUUCAGCUAUAUGUCAUGCUAAUCAGCUAUCAGUUGCAUUACAGUGAUCUCAUAGAUUUGACCAAUCUUAUUCAUGCUCAGGACAUGCUUCAUUUUGUUAACAUAUAUGCUUGAGAACUGCCAUCAAUGUGAAAGUAAGCUAACCACAGAGAACCCGAGCAGGUCUUGUAUGUCUUGAUAGUGAAAGUGCCACAUGGAAUGACAUAAUGAAAGGUUUACAUUCAGAUUUGUAUUUGAAUCUGUACCUGAGCCUGAGAGGACAAUUUGUUUGACAUUGUAUGAGGGGGAAGAGUAAUAUAUGUUGAACCAGAAAGAGCAUCAGCAGAACAGAUAUUGACAGUGUCACUGUUGAAAACAUGGGUUUUAGGAAUCUGGAAUCUAUUUCGGCAGAUAAUCGAGAUGGAUAAAGAAGGUUAUUCUUCAGCACUGACAUUUUAUUUAUAUUGAGAAAGAAAUGUAAUGAUGAAACGUAAGGUAAACCAACGCUGGAUGUAACAACAAGUUCACUAAUAAGUUUGGAGGUAUGAUAUUUAAACAUAAGUCAUGCACGAUUAUUGUUCAUGGCAGUAACAUGUUUUGAAAUAGCAAAAAUAAUCCCAGUUGAAUUCCAUAGAAAGAGAUAUUAUUUACAAAAAGGGGGAUCAUAUAGAAAAUACUUUUAUGUUUCAAAUUCUUACAUGUAAUCAAGAUAGUUCUGGAUAUUAAAUUCUGUUAUCUUAUGACUGUUUCCAUGGCAACACAAAUGUAACAAAUAUGAGUUGUAUCAAUGGUAGUGUUUAUGAUCAAUAUCAGUCACAUUUCAAAAUAUUAAGAAACGGAAAAAAAAAUUGUUUAAAUCUGUUUGAGAUUGUGAAUUGUUUAUAUUUAUUUCAGUGGCCAUUGGUACACAGACUUCUGUAGUGCCAGGAGAUGUUGUGAAAUGUUGAAAUAUUCAUUUCUGUGGUUAUCAGUGUGUUUGUUAAGCCAAAUAUACAUUUAGUGUAUUAAACUGUGUUAUAUGAAUGAGAGUGGAAGCAUUGUUCCGUGUUGUGAUUGGGAUGACUGAAUGUUUCAUACCUGUCAUUUUCUCAUCAAGUUUUAACAGAUACUAACUACAGAAUUUUUAAUAUCUGUAUGUCAGAUUGAAUAUAUUUGAUGUUACUUGAGUAGUACUUUAGUCUGAAAUAUUUACAAUGUAUAUGAAUUAGAUCAUUGCUAUGGGCUUGUUUUUCAUUUUUGAAGUUUCAAAUUACCUAAAGUUUUAAAAGUGGGGUUGGUUGUCAAUUAAAAGUGGAACUCAUUUGCCAAAAUAUCACCUGUACAUUGUUAACAAGUUGAAUAUGUAAUGGGUUUUUGAAUUGGACUUUUGAAGUUUUAAAAAUUAAGUCAUUUUCUGCAAUAUGAAAUGACGAUGUUUUAGGUGAUGUGAACCACAAGAAUGAAAAGAAAACAAUGCGUUUGGAUAAGAUGGGAGACUACUGCCAAUAUCCUUAGUAAGGACAUGUUACACAUGUGUUAUAGUAUUUUAUCAGUCUUAAAAGUAAACAAGUAGUUUUCUCUAGGUGUGGUAACUUCAAUAGCUGUGGUAACUUCAAUGUCAUAUAACUUCUCCUGUUCAUUUACAUCCAAAUUUCUGAAGAAUUAUUUUAACGUGUUCAACAAUAAAUCGACCAUCAAUUUUUUCCAGUUCCCUUUUGAGUUGAAUAUGGUGUUAUUGAUCCAGUGAACUGUCUAUCUUUAUACUGUUUCCGAUGUAGACAUUAACAUGUUUGAUAGCUUGCUGGAACUAACUGCAUUCAUUGUAAGGGAGUCAUUGCAAUGAACACUAUUCUGUUAUUAACAACCUGGUGUCGUGAACUGACAUUGAUAGUCCCCUCGUGCAUCACUGACUCUGGUGCAAUCUACACCGCAGUGCUGGUAAUGAACAUCAGUAGAUAUGCAAGGUUCUAUUAGGCUUACAGUGGCCAUCAUUGAGGCUUGCAGUGAACCAAGAAGUACUAUUAAUUGUCUUCUUACAACUCUCACAUUUACUUUCCCUUCCGCAACUGGUCAUGGUAGCUUGCUUUUCAAAAGAGACAAAUCUAGCAGGAAUUGUAUGGUCCCAAAUGACAACUACGCAUGAAUAGUCCCAAGAUAAAUUGUCUCAAGGACAUAUGAGCAGGGAGAGUCCCAAGCUGGGUUGUCAUGAGGGACAGAUAACUUUCAGCUCUGAUCAAACUUAUUGACUGUCAGCUUUGUGGUGAGAGUGUGUACACCCCAUUGGCCACUUUUGUUCAGACCCAUUUUGAACUUAAUGGCACCAACCCACUAACCUCUAUAUUUCAGUUGUCAUGCAAUGACAUUAACUGAAUUACCAUCACUCAGUUAUGCAGCAGCAUCUUCUAUUCAAGUGAUGCAUCCACUUUGGAACACGUAAUCGUGUGAUAUGACAAGAGAAAUUAGUGGCUCCAUACUUGACUACUUUCGCUAAACAUUAAGUUACGACACUGUAUCAUAUUGUUUCUGAUAAAGUCUUUGAGCAUACUGAAAAUCGUACUGUUGAGGAACAUGACCUUCGAGCAUAAUACUGGUGUUAGCAUCGUCACAGUCUGUGAGGCAGACAUGUUUUGUUGGCACAUAAAGAAAUAAAAAAAAUAUUUAAAAACUGAAAA